UCCACCCAAUAGCUGCCAUAGUUUGUCUACCACAAACUUCAUUCCACAAUUCCUAUUAUAAUCUUAAUUUAUCCCUCUACUCUUUCAAAACAAAAGAAGAUUUACAUAGAAUACAUAAAGCUGGAAAUAUGCUUAUGCAACAAAUUAAUGUAUCAAAUAUAAGGCCAAAUUGUCUCAUAUUGCAUAAGCCAUGCCUCCAAGGAACUGGCCAUAUAAUUAAUAGCCAUCCAUGUUUUGAAUUCCCAUACCAAAAGAAACAGAGGAGGUAUAGGAAUAGGAAUGGAUGUAGUAUAAAAACAGUGACAGAGGCAAAGAAUGAAGUAAUAGAAAUAGAAAAGAAUUCAACAAAAGUAAAAGCCACAGUAAGUGUUAUUCCAACGGUUGUAGGAAUAUUAUCAGAACUGGGUAUUGAAAGAGGAUUAGAUGACAUAAAGGAUUUGAUUGGUCAAUCGAUUUUCUUGGAGCUUCUUAGCGCUCAACUAGAUCCCGAGACAGCAUUAGAGAAGGUAAGCAUCAAAGGGUAUGUUCACUUGACGCAUCGAUCAAUAGAAGAGAUUAAGUAUGAGGGUGAAUUUGAAGUACCAGGAAGUUUUGGAGAGAUCGGUGCUAUUCUUGUGGAAAAUGAGCAUCACAGAGAGAUGUUUAUGAGAGGAAUUGUUGUUGAUGGGUUUCUGACUGGUCCUGUUAAUUUUACUUGCGAAUCAUGGGUUCAUUCCAAGUACGACAACCCUGAUAAGAGAGUGUUUUUCUCCAACAAGUCAUAUUUACCAUCUGAAACACCAGAAGGAUUGAAAAGGUUGAGAGAAGAGGAAUUGAUAAUUUUACGAGGCAAUGGAGAAGGAGAACGCAAGAAAUUUGAAAGGAUAUACGAUUACGAUGUGUAUAAUGACCUUGGAAAUCCAGACACCGAUCCCGAACUCAAACGACACGUUCUCGGUGGCACUCAACAUCCAUACCCUAGACGUUGUAGAACCGGAAGACCUCGCUGUCAAACAGAUCCGUUGUCAGAGAAAAGAAGUAACAGUGUGUAUGUUCCUAGGGAUGAAUGCUUCUCAGAAGUAAAACAAGUAACAUUUUCUACAAAUACUUUACACUCUGGUUUACACGCGCUCUUACCGGCUCUCAGAACAGCUAUCAUUGAUACAAACCUUGGAUUCCCUCUUUUCUCAUCUAUAGAUGACCUUUUCAAUCAAGGAUUUAAUUUGCCUCCUUCAAAGGACAAAGGGUUUCUUAAUCUUAGGACAGUGUUGCCUAGGUUGGUCAAAUGUGUGCAAGAUACUAGGAAUGACUUUCUCCGUUUUGAGACUCCAGCCACAAUGGACAAGGACAGGUUCUUUUGGUUUAGGGAUGAAGAAUUUGGAAGGCAGACUAUAGCAGGUCUUAAUCCUUGUUGCAUCCAAUUGGUCACGGAAUGGCCAUUGAAAAGCAAGCUUGACCCUAAUAUUUAUGGUCCUGCGGAAUCAGCUAUAACCACUGAAAUAAUUGAACGAGAAAUCAGUGGAUUCACUACCGUUGAAAAGGCCAUAAAAGAGAAGAAGUUGUUCAUCCUAGACUACCAUGAUUUCUUUUUGCCAUUAGUAGAGGAAGUUAGAAAACUUGAAGGAACAACAUUGUAUGGAUCAAGGACAUUGUUCUUCCUGACCCAUGAUGGCACAUUGAGACCACUAGCUAUUGAGCUAACUCGACCACCAAUGGAUGGAAAACCACAAUGGAGACAAGUCUUCACACCUUCUUGGCACUCUACUGCUGUUUGGCUUUGGAGGCUUGCCAAAGCUCAUGUCCUUGCUCAUGACUCUAGCUACCACCAACUUGUUAGUCACUGGUUGAGAACACAUUGCUGCACAGAACCAUACAUCAUAGCAACAAACAGACAACUAAGUGCAAUGCAUCCAAUCUACAGAUUAUUACUUCCACAUUUUCGUUACACAAUGGAAAUUAAUGUAUUAGCACGUGAAGCACUAAUAAAUGCAGAUGGAAUAAUAGAAAGUAGUUUCACUCCAAAGAAACUUUCCAUCUUAGUAAGUUCAAUGGCUUAUGACCAACAUUGGCAAUUCGACUUACAAGCCCUUCCAAAUGACUUAAUCCAUAGAGGAAUGGCAGAGAAAGACCCAAAUGCCCCUCAUGGCUUAAAAUUAGCAAUAGAAGACUACCCUUAUGCAAAUGAUGGUCUUCUUCUUUGGGAUGCUAUAAAAAGUUGGGUGACUGAUUAUGUCAAACACUACUACAAAGAAUCAUCAUUUGUUGUUGAAAAAGAUGAAGAAUUACAAGCAUGGUGGGAAGAGAUUAAAAAUGUUGGUCAUGGUGACAAAAAGGAUGAAACUUGGUGGCCAAAUUUGAAAACAAAUGAAGACCUUAUUGAAAUUUUGACAACAAUUGUUUGGAUAACAUCAGGCCAUCAUGCAGCAGUGAACUUUGGUCAAUACAAUUAUGCUGGAUAUUUUCCUAAUAGACCAGCCAUUGCAAGAAACAACAUGCCAACAGAGGACCCUUUGGAUCAAGAAUGGGAACUUUUCUUGGAGAAACCAGAAGUCACACUUUUGAAUUGUUUCCCUUCACAAAUUCAAGCUACAACAGUUAUGACUGUGUUAGAUAUUUUGUCUAGUCAUUCACCUGAUGAGGAGUAUCUUGGUCAAACAAUUGAGCCAGCUUGGGAAGAGGAUCCCAUGGUUAAAGCUGCUUUUUUGAAGUUUAAAGGGAAGUUGCUGGAGCUUGAAGGGGUCAUUGAUGAAAGAAAUGCUGACAGCACAAGGAAUAAUAGAAAUGGUGCUGGGAUUUUGCCUUAUGAGCUUUUGAAACCAACUUCUGAGCCUGGUGUCACAGGAAAAGGUGUUCCAUAUAGCAUCUCUAUUUGAUACACUCUUUCCCUGGUUUCAUUAACUAUUUUGUUAAA